CCCUUCACAAAUGUCGAUCGUUUCAGUUUCUUCCGGUUCAGCCAGCCUCCGUUCCACCGGCGAGUCCCGCGGCCAUGGAUCAAACCUUAACCUCAGCCAUCUCCUUCACAAAGCCAAGAGCUUGCCGUUCCCACGCACAAUUCCCAAAAACAGAGCCACCCAUAUCACGACUUACAGAGACAUGGCGGUUUACGGCGUCGGUGGCGGCCUUGGAUCUCCCCUUCCGCCGCCGCCUCCUCCUCCCCCAUUGACUCCUUGGCCAUUGUGGGUAGCAGGGGCGGUGCUGUCAGCAAUUCUAUCCAUUUGGAAGACGACCAAAUAUUGGGCGCCUUUUCUUAUGUUGAAGCAGAGAGUGGAGAAGGUGGUGCAUGUGGCGGAGGACGUGGUAGAUAUGGUGGAGACGGCGGCGGAGGAAGUGGAUAAGGUGGCGGAAGAGAUUGCUGAUCAUCUCCCCAAAGACAGUAUACUCCAAAAAACGGCAGUUUUAGUGGAAAAUGCAGCUGAAACCGUUGCUAAGGACGCCAAUUUGGCGGCGGAAAUUAUCGGCAAGGUGGAGAAAUUUGACGACGGGUUGAACUCAUUAAUUAAGAAGAAAGGAGGAAGUAAAGAAGGCGACGCAAAACCCAAACCCUAGACCAACCUCUUCAAUCAAAUAUUCAAAUAUUAUAUUUAUAAUAAUAUUCUAAUUAUUAUUUUAAAUAUAAAUCA